ACAAAUCACUUCUGUUUUUCUCGUAAUCAGUUUUACUUUGUUCAGACAGAUUCGGAUAAAGUUGCAACCUUUUUUUCUCGCUUUUCUUUAUAUCUCUAGAUUCCGUAUCGAUCUUCUCUUUGUCAAGAAAAAAUGGAAGUUUCAGUGAUCGGAAACCCCCAAGCGAAGAUCUGCAGAGCAGAAUUAGCGUACAGAGAGCUCGGGUUUCGACUUGGGUCCCAAGUUAUCUCCGGUGAAUCGAGAAACAGAGUUAGUUUCUUGACCCACCACCAAAGCUCGAAAUGGAAGGAGAUCGGUGUCCGCUGCUCUCCGAGGAGGUCUAUCAAAUGCGAAGCCAUCGUCUCCGACCAAGCUCCCUCCUUUCCGAAACCCACUUCAAACUCCAGAUCGCUUGAGAGCGUGAAACUAUUCGUUGGUCUUCCACUAGACACAGUAUCCGACUGCAACAACGUGAACCACUUGAAAGCCAUCACCGCUGGUCUCAAAGCUUUGAAGCUGCUCGGAGUAGAGGGGAUCGAGUUACUUAUCUUCUGGGGUGUCGUUGAGAAAGAAGCUCCAGGAGAAUACGAUUGGUCAGGGUACUUAGCCGUUGCUGAGAUCGUUAAGAAGGUUGGACUCAAGCUUCACGCGUCGCUCUCUUUCCACGGAUCAAAACAUCCAGAGAUAAAUCUCCCUGAUUGGGUGGCAAAGAUCGGAGGAAUCUAUUUUACAGACAGAUAUGGGAAACAGUACACAGAUUGCUUGUCCUUUGCGGUUGAUGAUGUUCCUGUUCUCGAUGGGAAGACUCCUAUGGAGGUUUAUGGUGGUUUCUGCGAGAGCUUCAAGUCUGCUUUCUCGGACUACAUGGGGAGCACGAUCACGGGGAUCACGUUGGGUUUAGGACCAGACGGUGAGCUGAAGUAUCCAUCUCAUCAUCAACACGAGACUAACCACCUCUCUGGAGCAGGAGAGUUCCAGUGUUACGAUAAACACAUGCUUUCAGCUCUCAAAGACUACGCUGAGUCCAAAGGAAACCCUCUCUGGGGACUCGGUGGUCCACAUGAUGCUCCUGGUUACGAUCAGCAGCCUCAUUCAACUCCCUUCUUCUCAGACGGAGGGUCUUGGGAGUCUCAGUAUGGUGAUUUCUUCUUGACUUGGUACUCUUCUCUUCUCACUUCCCAUGCGGACAGAGUCCUCUCCGUUGCUUCAUCCGCGUUUAGCGGGAGUGGAGUGUCUCUGUCUGGGAAGUUACCUCUCUUGCACCGAUGGAACAAGCUGAGAUCUCAGCCUUCUGAGCUAACAGCUGGAUUCUACAGCUCUGAUGGUCACGACAGGUACGAGGAAAUAACAAAGAUCUUUGCUGAGAACUCUUGUAGAAUGAUAAUACCUGGAAUGGAUCUAUCAGACGAGCAUCAGUCACCGGCCUCUCUCUCCAGCCCUGAGUCGUUACUUGCACACAUCAAAACAUCUUGCAAGAAACAAGGAGUGGGUGUCUCAGGGCAAAACUCGUCUCCCUUGGUCCCUGGUGGGUUUGAGAGGAUCGUUGAGAAUCUGAAGGAUGAGAGUAUUGGAGUUGAUCUGUUCACUUACCAGAGAAUGGGAGCAGUUUUCUUCUCUCCUGAGCAUUUCCAUGCUUUCACAGUCUUUGUUAGGAACAUGAACCAGUUCGAGCUGUCCUCAUAUGAUCAAGCAGAAGUGGAUGUUAAUAACGCUCAGACAAUGAGCAUAGGUUCAGGGAAUGGUGCAUCUAGUUUGCAAACCGCUUGAAGAAAAUAUCCAAAAUUCAUAUUUGUAAUAUAAAUAAGAAAGUCUUAGCAUUUUAUAUAAUAGAUUUUGUCACAUUACUGUAAAAUUAUAUGUAUCAAUGUCUUCAUAAAAUUAUAUGACUACUUACUAGUAA